AUGGCAGCUCUCGCCAUACUAGCCAAAGAGCUCUUGCUUACCGUUGCGGAAACGACCAUCUUGGAGCAGCACGACCUGUGGGCUCUCGCGGUGGUCAGUAGAAGGUUUCACCACGUCUUCGAUCCGCUCCUCUACACGUUGAACAAAGAUGACAGGCGCUCAGACGCAGUCCACUGGGCCGCAUACCGCGGCCGCAUCGACAUCUUGGAGAAAGCGCACUCACAUGGCCUGGACCUUGGCCUCUCUGGGGUUUACAGUCGGAUGUACUGGGCUUGCAGGAGUGGCAACACAGCCAUAGUGCAGUGGCUACUCGAUCACGGUGUGCCGGUCGACGGGCCUAGAGAGAAACGAAGGCUUGAAAACGUGGCAGAUUCUAUGCUCUCGGCAUUGUGUUUUGCCCUGAUGGGGAAACACCAGGCCACAAUGAUCCUGCUCAUUUCGCGGGGUGCGUGCCUACGGGUGCUCACAAGAGUUGGAGUGGGAAUGGGGCGGCAUUUCCUCCAUUUGGCGGCAAAGGAAGGUCUAGACGCGGUCGUGGAGUACCGGAUAACGACCACCGGAAUCCCCGCAAAUCUUCAGUGUGAGAGCACGCGCGGGACGCCCUUGCAUUUCGCAGUAAUGGAAGAAGGAACUGAGAAGAUCAUUCGAACGCUUCUGAGCCUAGGUGCGGAUAUGGUCACCAGCCAGGAACUACCUCUAACGGUGGCGAUACGUUACCGUCGUUUCGAAAACGCGACUACACUUCUCGAAGCAGGGUCGCCAGUCAGCCCGACCAGUGCGCAAGUACAUGGCCUGCCUCCGAUGAACGCUUGUGCACGGUUGGGAGGACACUAUUCUGCCGGUUCAGAAGACUGGGUCGGAGAAAAAGAUAAACUUCUGCGGAAACUGAUUGCUGUCGGAGCUGACGUGGAGGCCUCAUACCAGGGGGUGACCCCUCUUGGCGAAGCCGUCGCCAGGGGAACUGCCAGUGCCGUCUACGAACUCGUGCGCGCAGGAGGGGCCAGCAGCGUAUUUGACUUUGAGGCAGACCUUGAGCGCCUUGAAAAGUUGCUCGAUGACGUCUUGCCUGAUACGCAGAUUGACUACGUCAAUCUGACACGAACCUGCAACAGGCUGUUGGCAAACAUUGGAGUUAAGAUCGAGUCACGUUUGAAAAUCAAGCACUCUGACACCAGUUGCGGUAAGAACGGAUACCUUAUGCGGCUUGCAAUGGUAGAGGUUCUGUUGCGUGAGAAUGCGCAACACGCUUCUUCCAAGAAUCAGACCAAGUCAACUGUUAGUGGGAAACAAGACGGGCCGCAGCUAGGUCCACAGAUGGAGGUGGCGGCCGAAGUUCUUGAGAGGUAUCUGUUAAGUGUCAAGACUGCUUCGCCUUAA